AUGUCGCCGUGGCGUUGGAGUAUCGCUGCCUAUGUGGCCUUAGUGCUGCUGCUGCUGCUGCACUACAGCAGUGCUCAAGAACAGUCAACAAAUGCGCCUUCAUCGCCGUCGCCGCCGUCGACAACUCACAGUGCUCCAGAGACGCCACGUGCGGCUGCUGCUAGCGGCUCCUUGAUUGGCAACAGCGAUGUCUACAUAGCACGCAAUCAACGCCAGUGCUUUGAAACGCGCAAUCUGGUGUCCUGCAUCAAGUACAAAGCAUCAAAGCUUAUUUGGAAAUUAGCCACCAAUGGCAUGGGCUUCUUCCCUAACGAAUAUGAACGCGCCGUGGGCACGCAGCCACAGCGCUGGCUUCGAUUUGUGCAGCUCGGCGAGCCCGCCAAUGACAUUGUGGUCUUCAACGAUGCCAAGAGCCUGGCAGGUGACAGUGAACUGCUGCGCAUAUACAAGUUUCUCAAGCGAGCGGUGGAGACGUUUGGCCGCAAUCAUGGACUGCAGCUGGCGCUGUCUAAUGAAUCAGGCGCUCGCGUCUUAGAUGAAUCGGAUGGGCGUGGACAUCGCAAGAAGAAGAAGUGGCUAAUCAUUUUGCCGCUGAUCAUAUUGAUGAAGAUAGCGCACUUGAAAAUGACGCUGGUGACGCUGCUGCUCGGCGUGCUGGGCAUGAAUGUGCUGCUGGUGGGCGGCGUGGGCUGGCUGAUACAUUAUUUGAAGUAUAAGACGCUCUGCAAGAUACAUCCGCAUCUGGUGCAGUCGCAUUCGCAUGUCUACGACUCCGAUCCGUCGGACUAUUCGCAGUUCCUGGGCAGCAGCUUCGCGGGCAACAGCUACAGUCCGUCCAGCGCGCACGAGAUCAAUGCGGGUGGCUACAGCAAGGAUUGGGCCACGAGUAAAGCCUACAACGGCUACAACUAUCUGGACACCAUAAGCAAGAGGGUACAGUGA